GCAGAGCGAAAAAAGAGACGUCUUCGUUCGCUGGUACGUCGGUCGCCAUCAUUUUGUUCAAAUAUUCGAUUCCAAUUACAAAAGCUUAAAGCUGGUGGAUAGUUUUCAAAUUAUUUGAAAUUACUUGUCGAGAAGUUAGACACCCCGUAAAGCCAACGAUUAAUCGGUAUCGAAAGUGUAUCGCGCUGGGAUCUUGAUUCCAAUAUCCGCGUGAAAAUUAUCCGCAGUGCUGAACGUGAAAAAAGAGGAAGGUGUAAAGUCCGUCAGCUAAAGAGGUGACAAAGAUGGCUGCUCUACCCCGUAGAAUAAUCAAAGAAACUCAACGUUUGAUGCAGGAACCUGUGCCUGGGAUCAGCGCUGUUCCGGACGAGCAAAAUGCGCGAUAUUUUCACGUGAUUGUAUUUGGCCCCGAAGAUUCACCCUUCGAGGGUGGUCUUUUUAAGCUGGAACUAUUCCUGCCGGAAGAUUAUCCGAUGUCGGCACCGAAAGUACGAUUUAUCACUAAAAUCUAUCAUCCAAACAUCGAUCGAUUGGGUCGAAUUUGCCUGGACAUCCUGAAAGACAAAUGGAGCCCAGCACUGCAGAUCCGUACCGUUUUGCUGUCCAUCCAAGCCUUGCUAAGUGCCCCGAACCCAGAUGAUCCAUUAGCCAACGACGUAGCCGAGCUAUGGAAAGUCAACGAGGCAGAGGCAAUCCGAAACGCUAAAGAGUGGACACAGCGAUACGCUAUUGUGGAUAAUUAAAAUAAACAAGAGUUCGAGGAAAUUAAGCAAGAUCAAUAACCGUUGAAUGUGUAGAACUGGCGCGACUUUUAUUAAAUUAAUUUUACAAACAAGAACAUUAACAAAUUUCACUUGAGAAUAAAGAAAUCAGCAAAAUGAGAUAUAUUCCGACCCCAGAAGAGAAUGUAUGCAACCCAAUGCAGCGAAUAAUUAGAAGAAAAAAAAACAAAAAUUGGACCUUUUCGGCGUUUGUUGUUAUCGAUGGAAAUUGCAGGCAAUCUUUCAUUCUUAUGUUUGCCCAAAUCUGCUCCAAAGAUUGCGUUCAUCAAUCUCGAUAUAUCGGCAUCAGAAUCGAGCCUUCAAAUUCUUGAACGAUGGCAACAAAUAAAAACAUACACCCCGAGAGCCGUGAAAGAAGAGAACAGCUGAACUGCAGCAGACAACAAAGAGCAAAACAACAUCAAUGCGUGUGAAAAUUCUUCGGUUACAAAAAGAAAGCUGGAGGUCAGUGUUAGUCGUAGCCGUAGCCCGCCGCAGGCCAGGGGAGCAGCGAGGGAGAAGGGAAAGCACUUUUGAUUGAUUUUUCUACAGCACUCGCAAACUCAUGCAUUGCCACUGCCUGCUGCUGCUGUCCGUAUUGUUGUUUCGAGAAGGUUCCUACUCAUCAGUGGCAAAACAGAAGCAACAGUAUAAUAGUAACAACAACAGUAACGUCGAAAAAGGCAACGUUUUAAUCGCGAAAUGCGCCACCACCAAACACCAUCACCACCAUCCCUCUCAUUCGCUGUCCCUGCUUUGGAGAAAAUUGAAAGAUCAAACGUCGCAUCGAAUACUUUGAAUCAUCCCGGCACGAAUUGCUACAAGAACCGACUAUCUGACCGACACCGACGGAAACAAGUUUCAAUCUUUGGAUCUUAGACCAGCUUAUUUUUCACGCGAUGCGUCGUUUUAAGUCUAAUAGAAAUAAUAAAUAUAGUGGAUGAAACAUCAUAUUUAAACCAGCAACAACAUCUCAGCCGACCCACAGUAACAAAAAAAAAUACAUCUCGUACUCGAUUUGAUUAUCACCGAAUGCGAUCUGAAAUGUCCUGUAUCUGUAUUCACAUUCACAAUUCAUAAGUGGUUUUUCGAAGAGUUAUGAAGAACAAGGACGAAAACGUGAUUAUUCCAGCUAGUACUAGACUAGGCUAGAGUCAUUUCCCCAUUCUCUCUGAAUGUUCUCAUGUUUUUGUGUGCGUCUAAAAGACUUUGUUUUUUUUUACUUUGGUUUCGUUUUCGUUUUUCAUCUUUGUUCCGACGUUGCGUAUAGAUAUCCCGAAAUAAUUAAAAAAAAGCCGCAUUACUUGUAUUUGCAAACAUGAUUCUAGAUGUUUGAGCAAACAAAGGCUAAAAAUCUACAAUAGCAACAUAGAGGAAAAAAACAAAAAAAAAGGAAGCAAAAACUACACUAAAGCUAUUACGACUAAAAGGUGAAACACAGUUUAAGUAAUCGAAGGAGUAUAAAUAUUACUACUACUAUUAAUUAAUCAGCUCUAUUUAGAAAAUCCAAUACAAUUGAGUAAGAACAAAAGAGAGUGUAAAACUGCAAGAUUAAUUAUAACGAUAAAUUUAUUAUUACUGCAAGCAGAUAUAAGGAUUGUACAUUAGAAAAUGGAAUAAAAUCACUUUAGAAAAA